GCGCCGACCCGAGCAAGCGCCAACCAGCAGCGGCGGGCAGCGGGCGGCGCGCCACUUCGAGAUUCCGGCGGGCGGGCGGGCGGGAAGCGGCGGGCGGGCGCAAUUCGUCUCGGCCGGGCCAAUCCGCGGCCCCGCCAAUCCGGAGGUCAGCUCAAUUCCCCGUCGGAUUCGUGUCGGUUCGCGCCCAUUCCCCGCCGGAGAUCCGGGCGGCACGAGCUCGCCGGCGCCCGGGAUCAUGCCUCCAUUGCCCUAGGGUUUGGCCGGCACGCGCAAUUGGUCCGCCCGCAUGCUUGAUUCGGGCCAGCGGCACCGCGUCCGGGGCGGCUGGUAGGCAAUUGGUGCGCUGCCACUGGAGAUGAGAUCCCCUCCGCGGCCGGCGAGCUGGGAAUUGGUCUACGGCCUCGCGCUCUGCGGGAGGCGGCAUAAGCCCUAGUGAUUUGAUCCCGAGCUGGGUUUCGUGCGGAUUCGUGGCUUCUGUGCUCUGUCUGCCAAUCACAUAUUGGGGGGUUCCGAGGGAGGGGUGGUGGUUGUAUGGAUACAGUUAGAGGGGAGGCUUGGUCAAUGGCUCCACCUCAGCAGCAGCGGCAGCCGCCGGGGUCUCGGGGCCCGCAGCCGCCGCCGCCGCAACAGCAGCAGAAUGGUCGCAUUGAUCUCCGGGAGCUCAAGGCUCAGAUGGAGAAGCGGCUUGGUCCGGACCGGUCGCGGCGCUACUUCGGCUACUUGAGUGGCUACCUGUCGCAGAAGCUCAGUAAGCCUGAUUUUGAUAAGAUGUGCCUGCUUACAUUGGGCCGGGAGAACCUCCGGCUGCACAACCGGCUCAUCCGCGCGGUUCUCUACAAUGUCUACCAGGCACAGUGUCCACCUCCACCACCAGAUGUUGGGAGGUCUGCCGGACCGUCGGCGAAGAAGGUUUCCCAGGCUGCUGGAUCGCUUAAUUCUUGUAAUGGGGAUGCCAGGCUGUUACAGGUCCAAGGAUCGAGGUCUAUGGGCGCACUGCAAGAUCAUCAGUUAAAAGAUCGGUUGAAACAUAUGGGCCCAAAUGGUAGGGUGGAGGCUGUUGCCAGUCACACCCAGGUUGUUCAUGGGGGAUCUGCAGUUACAGAGAAUGGCGCAUUAAGUUCAAUUGAGUUGAAGAGAUCGGUGUCUUUUCAACAAUGUGAAGCUGCAGAGCCAUUGGCAAAGCAUCUGCGUGUGGACCAGUUGCUACCUGAAAAUGCGCUUAGGCAAAGAAGAAUUAUGAGCGAUGCUGCAGGUCAUUCUGCUCAAAUGUCGAAAAGUCCUGUGCGAGCUCCACUUGGCAUACCCUUUUGUUCAGCAAGUGUAGGUGGAUCAAGGAAAUUACUGCCGCCAGCAGUUAAUUCAGGGGAAGAUCACUUCAGCAGCUGUUAUGAGCAAGGUCAGUUGUUGAACACAGAGGUUCUACGUAAGCGCAUGGAGAAAACAGCAGAAACACUGGGUCUGGCAGGUGUCACAAUGGAUUGUGCUGAACUUCUGAAUAAUGGUUUGGACUCGUACUUGAAGAACCUGAUUAGGUCAUCCGUUGAGUUAAAAGGAGCUGAUGUUCGAAGAGAUGCAAAAAAAGGGGCAUCAUACAAGCAGCAUGCCCAUGGAAAGCAAAUUAAUGGUGUUUGGUUGCCGAACCAAGUUCAGAUGCAGUCAAGCAGUGGACAAUCAGAUGCUACAAAUGAUAGCAGAAGUCAACACUUGAUCUCUGCUCAUGAUUUCACUGUAGCCAUGCAGCUAAACCCUCAGCAGCUUGGGGAGGACUGGCCAGUCCUCCUUGAGAAGAUAUGUCUACGUCCUUCGGAGGAAAAUGACUGACAGAUGGAGCUUGCUAGUUCAGAUGAAAUUUUGUCCGAUGUAUUUCUUCGUGCCCCAUCUGAUGUACAUUCAAGCUGAAGUAACAAUACUGCAGUCACAUCAUAGAAGAUGCAUGUUUGGGGAUCAAGGCAGAAUUCUGCUCCCAGAUUUGUAGUGAAAGAAAGUCAAUUCUUUUGUCCUGAUAACUGAUGCCCCAAUAAAGGAAGUCAUCUUCUGUUCAUGCUGCAUAGGGCCCAUUAGCGCUCCCGCGGUGGAGGCUGUUACAUCCAUAAGUCCCGACUUCUAUGUAACAUCUGGCAUAAAGGGACAGAGGACAGCAAAAUGCAAGUGCUGUCUUGUAACUUAUAGGAAAAUGUUCUGUAAGUUUCUAGGUCAGGAUGUACAUUAUUGAUUGCAAAAUUUUCUAGAGUAUCUUCAGUACUAAUUCAGGAUCAUGGAUGUUAAUUUUAUUUAAAUUCUUUGUAACUUUUUUGCAAGUUAUAUUCUAGAUCCAAUAUUUCUCUUUUC